UUACUACCACGGUUAUUGCCACAAAUCAAGAGGGCAAAGUGAACGGCAUGGGACUCACACCAACUUUAGCGAAAUUGAGUUUGGUACCUACUUCUGCGAAGUUCACGGCCAAGAAUUUCACAUGCAGAUGAUAUACAAACAAGGAAAAAUGGAAAGAGACUUUCUAGGUGUAUCCUGCAUUGGUUGAUUUUGCAAACUCAUAGCCAAACUCACAACAAAACAUGACAAGCCUUUCGAGGUUUAGUGGCUUCCCUCUCUCUUGCGUCAACCCCGGGGAGAGCAAUACUGAACCCAGCGUGGUGCUGCCACCUUUGGCAGGAGAGCACAUGGGACUCCCCACUGGCAGUUCCUUAAAACUCUGCCCCUCGCACAAUUUGCGAGACUACCCCGAGACGAGGUCCAGUGCAUAUGUUGACCAUUCGGUUACCAAUUUUUCAGACUCUGGAUACCCCAGCCACCGGUUAGAGCACAGCCCUAGGGGCAUUAUCAUUGGAGCCAAUCUUUCUGGAGCCGGCAUGCCACCCGUCACUGAUCAACUGGCAUCAAGAGCUAACCAACAUGGCGGGAUUGGAAGGUACCGUGACUUUCCUGGCUACAGAGACAACAGAAGCCAUGCUUUUUUCUCAAGUUAUCAGGAGCAGGCCCACGCCUCCACCGAUGCAUCUCGAGAUUUCGGCGGCCAGAUGAUGCUGGGUCUACCUGGUGACCUCCUCGGCCGGACUCACCAUUAUGGCCAAACUAUCAACCCCAAGGGAAGCAGCCAGCAACUUGUCUCACAAUUCCUGGGGCUGUACAAACCCCUCAACAUGGCAAUUCAGCGUGGAGGAGGCGACGCUUUCUUCAGGUGCUCUAAACAAACAGUGAAGCAUGAGCUAGUGUGCAAGUGGACUGACGGCCAAGAGGGGGCUGGGAAGCUGUCUUGCUCCAGAGCCUUCGGGACCAUGUAUGAACUUGUCACCCAUGUGACAGUGGAGCAUGUCGGAGGACCAGAUCACUCUGAAUAUGUGUGUCAGUGGGAGAAUUGUGCGAGGGACAGGAAGCCUUUCAAAGCCAAAUACAAGCUGGUGAACCACGUCAGAGUCCACACAGGGGAAAAGCCCUUUCCCUGCCCCUUUCACGGCUGUGAGAAAGUUUUUGCGAGAUCAGAAAAUCUUAAGAUCCACAAGAGGACUCACACAGGUGAAAAACCUUUUAAAUGUGAGUUCGAGGGCUGCAACCGGAGGUUUGCCAACAGCAGCGACAGAAAGAAGCAUUCUCACGUGCACUCCAGUGACAAACCCUACAUAUGCAAGGUCAGGGGCUGCGACAAGUGUUACACCCACCCAAGCUCCCUGCGAAAGCACAUGAAGCUCCACUGCAACAAGGCACACCUCGCCAAAAGCGAUGACGCGCGUCCCGGUGACGAGGGUCACAUUGCGGAGGUCAGGUCAACCCGAGUCCCGGAUGGAGCCCAUAUCAGUCCUCCUCUCCCCCCCACCUUAACUCAAGAUGUCCCCCUGUCCCCAGAGAGUCGAGACGAGUCGACCUCGAGGUCACGUUUCCAUCACACGUUUGACAGCAGUUUGGACUACUCCGCACACAGGUCACAGCCCCUCAUGGAUCCUUUGUUGCUACAGAGAGGCAGCUACAGGUCCCAGUCCUCUCAGUACCCCUGCGGCCAGACAGGUCACACUUUCGCCCAGAGCUCAAGGACUUUCCCCUCCACUUCUCCCUUCCAGAAAAGUAUUGUCAAUGGAUGGUACACAUGCCACAACGGUGUGGACUCUUUCCCACCAAAGCAAUGUAACAACAUCCCGUCUCUCUGAGUCCCUGUCGGGACACAUGCGGGCAACCUACAAUUUUUCCGGCCUAUUUUUUCAUGUUAUAGCCUAAAACUUACAGCUGUAUAUCUGUUACUCUCUGUAUUUUUGUGAAUGUUGUAUCAAAUAUUUUGUGACACGUCGAGUCAUCCUAUUGGAAAACUUGCAUUGCGAAUUGUGGCGAGCUUUAUUUGUUGUUGUGAGGCCUGUUUGGUUGGGUUUGGCUUGCAGCCUAAAGCCACAUCUCCCCCACAGUGGGAUAUAGGAACUUUUACAAAGUGUAUUUGCCUAAUUGUUCGCUGUGUAAUAAUUAUUAAAUAUAUCUAUCUUAAGUGAGACAAAAAAAAAAUGAUUUUAUGGAAAUCUGCAUAUUGAGUCUUCUAAACAUAUAGGCUAUUACUGAAGAGUAAAAGAAGACGUCUUGCUGAAUGUAGCCCUACGUGUAGGCGUCUUUGUUGAAUGUAAACUAGAUGUAAUGUAUGUCGGGAACAUAGAAACAUUAUUCAUGUCUUUAUGUAUGUCGCCAGAUGAAAUAAAUAUCAGAAAGAUCUUUUCUCAAGUUUUGAGACCUAACCAGCCUGCGUGAUGGGCCUAAAGCACUAAAGCAUGUCUGUAAUUAAAAUACUGCGAGGCUCAGUAGGUUUUUUUUCCCUCCCCUUGAUUAAGUUUCACUUUUCUCCCCUUUUACAUUACAUGUUCGUAUUCUUGUUUGUAUUAUAUGUAUAUUUCACAUUUCUGUGCAAAGUAAGACCAGUGUUCGUGAUACUAUUAAACACGUUUAAUUAGCAUACAGUUCUACUGUACAUAGGCCUACUGUAUAAUUAAUUAUGUAUUCUAUAUUUUAUUAAAGUGUCUAUAUUCUCUUUGA